AAUGGACCAUCCGGGAAGCGUGCUUCACUGUUUGGGGAAAUACCUUGACCGAACGGUCCUUCCAGACUUCCAGCGCAGUGCUUUAGCUUUCUGUUUUGUUUAUAUGCUGGUAACAGUCUCCACUGCGUCGUUUUUAACGGAAACUACAGCGCUUCUCUGUGUUGUUUGGACUUUCUCUGUUACCGUGUGUCUGGAGGGAACGGUUCAGAUUUGCCCUGACUGACUUCAGCUGCACCAUGUCCGAUUCAGUUCUGCUGCUCCUGAUACUCUUUCUCCUGCUGUGUUUGGUGCUGACUGUCGGUGGGCUGCUGGUGUACUCGGGGCUCCUAUCGGAGGUGGUCAUUAAAACGGGAGCCCCUCCGAUUAGGAAUGUCACUGUCGCCUAUAAGUUCAAGCAGGGCUCUUACAAAGACAGCGGUGCAGCCUUCACGGAGACCUACAGCAUCGGCCCCAAGCUCAGGUCCAUCGGGAUUUUCUACGAUGACCCCAAAAAGAUUCUUCCAGAGAAAUGUCGCUACAUAGUGGGCAGUGUGCUGUGCGAGGGCGAAGAGAAACCGGACGAAGAGCUGCUGAAGCUUUACGAGAAGUUUGGCUUCAAGGUGUUUUCUCUACCGGAAGUGAGCCAUGCUGUGACCACCACCUUCCCUUGUACUACCAGUCUGUCCCACGUGCUGGCUGCUCACAGGGUUUAUCCGGAACUCGGUUCCUACAUUGAGGAGAGGAAACUAUGUGCCUUCCCAUUUAUUGAGACUUUCCACUCAGAUUACAUCAACUACAUGGUUCCUCUGUGUCGCCAGAUGGACUUCUUUGUGCCAGAACUCACAGAGCAGGUCAAAACAGACGGGAAAGACGAGGACUCUGAUGAGGACAGAGGAACUGACAUUACAGGUGCAGAUUCCCACAGUGACGUGAGCUCCGUAAGCGGCGGUGUGUCUUGGGACAGCAGGGAGACUUCUCUGGCAGCUUCCACUGCUGCCUCUCUGGCCUCCUCUCUGCCCCUCAGAGACAUAAUGGACUCAAACGAAGACAAUAAGCACAGGGAGCACAGCGACAGUGGUUCAAACGACUCUGUAGGCAGCGGCUCGUCCUUCGAAGAACUUGACAUGGACCAGGAGGAGCUGGAAGAAGGAGACGGGACGGAGGGCGAGAAGGAAAAAGGAACCCCUGAAGAAGAAGAAGAUGAUGAUGAAGUAGAAAAAGAAGGAGCUGAAGGAGAGGCCGGACUGGUUGCAAAGAGGAAGUUCCUGGGAGAUGGAGAGGAGUAGGAAGGACGCUGGAGAAAUAAGGGACGUGGCCGUUGGACUGGCAUGCUAGAGUGUUUCUCAGCAGCACUGUUGUUGGUUAUCUGUCAGAGUUGUUGGUGGAUCUAAAGCUGUUCAUGCUGUGACCAACACCACCCUUUUCUGCACCUUCUAACGAAGCCUGUACUCUUUCUUUAAUGUAAUCUCAGAUUUUAGGAGCCCUGGUUGUGUGUUUAGAUGCUGCCAGGACAGAGCAUCACUGGGGGAACCAGCACACGAUGUGCAGCAGCAGGUGUUUCCAUUCCAGCCAGGGUAUGAUGUAACCAUGGGUCCAUCUUCUACAGAUUUUUGGAAGAUUAAACGUAAAACGCCUAAAAUUAGGAAUAGUUGGGUUGUUAAAUACAUAAACUGCUGCUGUUAUAGCACUUAGACCUGAUAAAUUAUUUAUUUUAACAAAAAACAAAAAAAAUUCAAAUUAGAGGCAAUAAAUCAACUUUUUGACAUCACCAGCUUGUCCUUCGAGGGUGUACAGGUUAUUUUCUCGUCGCUCUAUACUCAGAUAAUUGCUUUUUAAUGCGAUUUGUCUUUCCAAAUUUACAUUAUUAACCCACUCGUCACCUAGUUUAUUUUCAUCCCAAUGUAGCCAGAAUUCAUCUCCUAUCAGAAACUGGUUGUGAUCUCUUUGUAAGUUGAUAUUGUACUGGAAAUGUAGAAAUGUAUUGCCACGUUUGUGUCCCUCCGUGUUGAAUAAAAUUUUCAAAUGGGAA